AGUGAGACUUUACACCGGAUGGGAAGAGGGGAGAGUUUAGCAGAAGAAGAGGAAAAUUAGAAAAAAAAAGCAUAAAAGAAGAAGGAAAAGUGACAGGAAAACUAAAAAAAGAAAAGGAAGAGGAACAAGUGGUUUCCAACUGGAAAUUAUCCACUAAACCCACUCCCACCUCCUCCAUGUCGCUCCCCGGUUCUCCUCCGCUCCUCUCUCCGGGUUCGGGAGCACAAACUCCCGUCGGGCUCUACCGCUCAGCCCCAGAGGGUCUGCACACCUCCUCGGCCGUCUCCACCAGCACCUCCAGCCCGGCGCACAUCAACUCCCACUCCCACUCUCUGUCCCCGUCCCCGCGGCUCACCAGCAGCAUGCUCAGCGCCUUCCUGCCCGGACCAGGCGGCGCCCUGGGCUCCCUCAGCGGGCUCGGUUCGCUGAGCGCAGCCGGUCUGACCCCCGGCUCCCCGAGUUUGGUGCAGACCUCCUCCGGACCGGCUCUGUGCAGCGAGUGCAAACUGGUGGAGGUGCACGGCGUGAAGGUGGCCAGCUUCAACGUGGACGGCCAGGAGCUGAUCUGCCUGCCGCAGGUGUUCGACCUCUUCCUGAAGCACCUGGUGGGCGGGCUGCAUACGGUCUACACCAAGCUGAAGAGGCUGGACAUCACGCCGGUGGUCUGCACCGUGGAGCAGGUGCGCGUCCUGCGGGGGCUCGGCGCCAUCCAGCCCGGGGUGAACCGCUGUAAGCUCAUCUCUAGAAAGGACUUCGAGACGCUGUACCAGGACUGCACCAGCGCCAGCUCUCGUCCCGGCCGUCCUCCCAAACGAUGCUCUGGUGCAGGGAUGCAGGAAAGCCCCCGGCUGUUGCACCCGGGGCUCCCCGGCUUGUUGUCCCCCAACCUGCUGUCCCACACUGGCCUGACCGCAGCAGCCAUGGCCGAGCUGCAGAAGCUGCAGAAGAUGAAGAUGAUGAUGAGUCUCCAGAAUGGCAAUGAGUCCGACAACGAUGACCUGCACUCCAACACAGGAGGGAGUGAGUGUUCCUGGGAUAAAGAGCGUCUGACCAGCCCCCCUGCUGGAGCCCACAGCGGAGGAGGAGGAGGUGGUGGUGGAGCCCCGGCUGUGGGAGGAGGAGCUGGAGGAGGAGGAGGUGGUGCAGCGGGAGGUCCUGGGAGGGGGUCCACCUUAGGAGCCGUCAGUCAGCAGCAGCUCCAGCAGCAGCAACAGCAGCAGCUACUGGCCAACAGGUUGGACCUGCCUUUCAUGAUGAUGCCCCACCCUCUGCUGCCCAUGGGUUUGCCUCCUGCCUCUGUGGCCAUGGCCAUGUCUCAGAUGAACCAUCUCAACACCAUCGCAAAUAUGGCCGCAGCCGCUCAGCAGAUACACACCCAUGUUCACCGGGCACCUGUCAUCAAGGAAAGAGUGUGUGACAGCCCCUCUCUAUCUCCAUCUGUGGAUGAAACCAACACUCCUCUGCAGUCGCAGCCCAGCAGCUCAGCCUCCAGCUCGCCUGAAAGACUCGGAUUGGUGUCAGGUGAUGCUGAUGUUGCACUGACCAACUCUGCUGCACCCAUCAAGAAAAUAACAAAGGACAAAGAAGAGUCUCCGCUGGGUCAGACCCUGCCUCCUGGUUUUCCUGCUCCGUUCCUGUUUGCUGACGGCCUGUCGUCAGUGGAGACUCUGCUCACCAACAUACAGGGCCUGCUGAAGGUGGCCGUGGAGAACGCCCGAGCGCAGGACAAACAGAUCCAGGCUGAGAAGAGGGAGCUGAAGAUGGAGCUCUACAGAGAACGAGAGAUGCGUGAGAGUCUGGAACGACAGCUCAACUCCGAGCUACAAAGCAGAGCUUCGAUCCAAAAACGACUGAAGAAGGAGAAGAAAGCAAAGAGAAAGCUACAGGAAGCGCUGGAGUUUGAAUCCAAGAGGAGGGAGAGAGUCGAGGAUGCUCUCAAACACUCAUCCUCUUCCUCUCCAUCUCCUGAGCCUCUUCAUGCCACCAACAACAACUCCAAGAAUGACGCUGCUGUAGCCGAGGACAAACCUGAACUUAAUGGAAACCAGCAAGACAACGGUGCUGUACAAGAGUCGCGGCCGUUCCUGAAAACCCCCAUGAUGUUCUAGAACCAUAACGGCACGUCUCGUGAACCUACUCACCUCCCCUUCCUGUACAAACUCCAACAGAAAUACAGCAUCCACUGGAUUAUAUCACUGCGACAGCAUCCCACGGAUGGGACUUUUUUUCACUUGGCUACAAAAUGAUGAGACUACUAUAUGAGACACACUGGACUUGUUUUGGGGGUUCUCUUAAUUCCUCUUUUUAGACAAACCUUACUCCCUUCAUUCCAGGUUUUCUGAACUUAUUCCCAAACUUUUGUCUCCCAUUCGUUUGGAAAACUGAUUGAUACAUCAUCAUUCCUGAGAACACAGAUCCAUGAAGAAAAUGGACCAACCACAUCCGCUCCUACCAUGUUUGGAAAGGAAAAGAUGAGACAUACCUUUAAUUGGACAGACUGAGAGAAACAGUCCAAUUAUGUGCUUUGAUCUGCAGCACUAGACUCUUUCUGAUUGGUCCUGACCACAUGGAUGCGGUUUUAUACUAAGGAAAAAAAAGACACAACCUCAUUGGCUGAAUGUUGGAUCGGCCAAUCAGAGGAGGUCCAAAUGGGAAAUGAAAAAGGAUUAAAGUAUAUAAAACCAUGACUAAAAAACACUGAAGAAGAAGUGAAGGAAAACAACCCUGUGACCAUCUGUGUCUCCAUCGUUUGAUUUCAUUGAAGAACUCAUGGGGCAACUUCUGAUGCCCUUUGGCUAAUUUUAAACUUUGAACUCUUCAUCCUCUAAUAGAAAUACUUGCGACCCUUUUCUUUUGUCUUCACAUUAAACUACUCUUUCAACACCGUAUUUGUUUUUCUGCAUGACUCCUCUCCUCACCUGUUUUCUCCUUCUAUGAAAUAUCUCUUUUUUUUUUUUUAUCCAAUCAUUUUCUAAAUUCCUCUCAGAAGGAGGAAAUACUCUGAAAAUGUUGGGUGCACCUUUUCAAUGUAAAAACUAUUUUCUAUUCGCCAUAAAAAAUGUGGAAUCAGUUUCUGACAUGAUGCAAAACUUUCAGAAAAUAAUUUUUAUUACAGUGGAGUGAUUUUUAAAGACGGUCUCCUCCUAAAGGUACAGAAAAUUCUGCUCCUUGAUGUUGAGUCUUUUUCACAUUUUGGUUCUAAAAGCAGAAAAAAGCGUCAGCAUUUAAUUUGUGUGUGUCUGAUUAAACUAGAGGAUGCUUAAACUGCCCUAAUGCAAUCCCUUUUUGAUGAUUUUUGGAUUAUAAAGUUUCUGCAGACAUUCAAAUCAAGCGCUCCUCAUCAAAAACCAGAAACCUUUCCUAUAUUUUCAGACCUAAUCUGAGUGCAGACUGUUGUGUUAAGGCUUUGUUUAUUUCACUGUGUGUUUUGUUCAUUUGUUGAUUACCUUUUUCAAGCGCGUAAGGGACGAAUGAGGGAGGGGAAUGGGCUGGGGCGGGUGGGGCGUGGGUCAAAGGGACAUUCUGUGUAGAUAGAAACAACAUUCAGCAUUUUGUUUUUGUUUUAUUUUCUUCUGAGAUUUCUCGGUCUGUCACUGUUCUCUGGGUUUGAAAUGACUGCAAAUAUACAGUAUUAUAAUGAA